GAGCCGCCCGGCCAUGGCGCACCAGCUCCUGUGCUGCGAGGCCGAGUCCGUCCGCCGGGCGUACCCCGAUGCCAACCUGCUGAGCGACCGGGUGCUGCGCGCCAUGCUCAAGGCGGAGGAGACCUGCGCGCCCUCGGUGUCCUACUUCAAGUGCGUGCAGAAGGAGAUCCUGCCGUCCAUGCGGAAGGUCGUGGCCACCUGGAUGCUGGAGGUGUGCGAGGAGCAGAAGUGCGAGGAGGAGGUCUUCCCGCUGGCCAUGAACUACCUGGACCGCUUCCUGUCGCUCGAGCCGCUCGCGAAGAGCCGCCUGCAGCUGCUCGGGGCCACCUGCAUGUUCGUGGCCUCCAAGAUGAAGGAGACCAUCCCGCUGACGGCCGACAAGCUCUGCAUCUACACCGACAACUCCAUCCGGCCCGCCGAGCUGCUGCAAAUGGAGCUGCUCCUGGUGAAACUCAAGUGGAACCUGGCGGCCAUGACCCCCCACGAUUUCAUCGAGCACUUCCUCUCCAAAAUGCCGGGUGGCCGAGGAGAGCAGAUCAUCCGCACGCACGCGCAGACCUUCGUCGCCCUCUGCGCCACAGCAGCCCUCCUGGUGUCCAGAGCUGCUGGCCCCCUGCUGGCCUCUCCCAGGCUGGGGCGCCUGCAGGGUGAGGAGCACUGCAGCCUGUGCCACGUGCCCGGCCGCCUCCGGCAGUGGCUGCAGAGGAGGGCCCGCCGGCCCACCGCCGGGCAGACCUGGGAGAACGGCU